UGAUGAGGGGAGGACACAAAGGGUCACAGCAUCAUCACAGUCGAGUUCCAAAUCGUUUCGUCAUCUACGGGAAAUGCAAAAAAUGUCCAGCCAAAGCAACUUGUCUCGUUCGCGCUGACGAAAACGAACAAAGUAGCAAUGCUUUUGUUCAUCAUCACAUUCCUUGGAGUUUUUGCUUGCUUUGCUUGGUUUUCUUUCGGGAUUCGGGUUUUUGGGGCCUGCGGAGUCAACACAAGCAAAAGAGGAACAGGGCGGCGGACUGAGGAACAGCAGAGGUUAGACUCUGUCUGUUUCCCUCCCAUCGAGCGAUCAAUAGACCGGCGUGAUUCUUUGGUCAACCAGCAUUCUGUCUCGUUCUCAUAUCCCUCUUCAGCCGUGAUCUGUGACUUUUGUAUGAUUUGCGUCUAGUAUCGGUGAACAACAUGUGCGAACCUUGAUGACCAAUGGCGGUGGAC